UAGCAUAUCCUCAUGCUCCUCAUAGGGUCUCGACCCCUUGAUAUAGAGGCAAUUGCAAGACUAACCUCUUCAACCUCUUCUACUAGUCAUCUGUCAUCAUGACCGGUUCCCUAUCAUUAUACUUUACUUCCUUUAUUGCAGUCUCGGGAUUGAUAGCCCCGACCGCUGCGCUCCAGCUUCGUGAUAAUUCAGAUGCAAGCUUAGACUCAUGGCGUGCAGCAAAUGAUCGCACAUCCUCAACCCAGGCAUGUCCCUCCCCAUGCGGAGAUGACACUGGCGAUUUAUCGUCAUGGUUCUUAUUCAAAGAUACGGCUAGCUUGGCGGCUUGUAAUGAGACUAUGUUGCUGAGCUUCAGUGUACAAGAGACAGUGGAUGGCAAUCAACUAGUAUCUACUCCUGUCAUUAGAGGUUGUCAAGCAGACUACAGCUUUGCAUCUAAAAAUGUCAAUUCAGACGAGGUGGCCGCAGUCUGCUCGACCCCCAACCAUGACAUUAUUGAGGCUAUGGUCACCAUUGGCGAGCCUACCAGCAGCACCACAGUUAAACCCAUCAAAAGACAGGCCGUGGGCCACCUGUCCGCCGCAUACCAAGUUCAAAAUUACUUGAGCUCAAAGAAACCCUCUUGUACGGAGAAUGUUCUUGCAUUUGGCUAUUCUCAGACGGAUAUCAUUGGUCUCUUUGCCGGCGUUGAAGUAUACCAACAUGGUGUCCACGAUGAGAUCUUAGGCCACUUUUUGCAAGAUUUAGAGGCGAGACAGAGCUCUUCACCUUCCGGUCCUCUGGUCGCUCAGCUCUGCCUUGGAGACGGCCUUGGAGCAGAUUAUACUGUUGGAGUCAUUGCUGGGUUUGCCGAUGAUUUGGCCUUGGUGCAGGAAGUAAUGCGAUCCUGGGCAGACGGGAGAUGUGUGUCCGGAGACCUCAAGGAUUACAUGAAGGUCUCUCUACGAGUUCCUAUUCAGCUCAUGGGACCCGGCAAUACCAACUCUUCUACCUUAAAUUCGGCUUCCCCCUUACCAUCGGAAGAAGCACACAUAUGGACUCGGUCGGGACUUAGUGCUAGGGCGACUUGCAAGACGACGACGGUCAAAUCUGGGGACGGCUGUGAUGCCGUUGCUAAAAGAUGCGGUAUCACGACGGCGACUCUGCAGAAGUACAACACUGCCAAAAACUUCUGCACCACUCUUGUCCCUAGCCAAGUGGUUUGCUGUUCAUCCGGUACACUGCCUGAUCCCAUCCCUGCCGCUAACGCUGACGGGACUUGCAAAACCAAGUCCGUCGUCAGUGGCGACUCCUGCAGUUCGCUGGCUUCUAAGUGCGGGCUUAAGGCGGCCGAUUUCACCAAGCUGCAUCCUGCCUCUAACUUUUGUUCAACUCUGCAGGUCGGCCAGCCUGUUUGCUGUACGCAUGGGAAGCUGCCUGACAUCAAGCCCAAGCCUGGUUCGGACGGGUCCUGCGCAACCUAUACUGUGAAGAGUGGUGAUGGUUGCUCGGUCAUAGCUGUCUCGCAUGGAAUAACCCAGGCCAAUAUCGAGACUUAUAACAGCAAAACCUGGGGUUGGAAUGGUUGCUCGGCACUUUUGCCCGCACAGAAGAUUUGUCUCAGUACCGGAACACCUCCUUUCCCUCCGUCCGUGUCCAACGCUGUCUGUGGGCCCCAGGUCCCCGGUACUAAAAAGCCAUCUUCCGGGAGUAGCGAUACUUGGGCGAACCUGAACCCUUGCCCUUUGAAUGUGUGCUGUAAUGUAUGGGGUCAAUGUGGCGCUACAGACGACUUCUGUGUCAUCAAUAAAGCAACCACUGGGGCACCCGGAACAACCAAGCCGGGGAAAAACUCAUGUAUCUCACAUUGUGGUCGAGACAUUAUCAAGGGUUCAGCCCCGGCCAAAACCAUUAAUGUCGCCUACUUUGAGGCUUGGAACGAGAACCGGCCAUGUCUGCGCAUGGACGUGGAUCAAAUCGACACGUCCAUGUAUACACACAUUCACUUUGCCUUUGCUAAUAUCACUCAAAGCUUUGCCAUCGAUGUUAGCGGCUCUAAAUACCAAUUUGACCAGUUCAAGGCCUUGACCGGCGUGAAGAGGAUCAUCACCUUUGGUGGUUGGGACUUUAGCACCAAGCCCGGCACGUACAACAUUCUUCGUGAAGCCACCAAGGCUGCCAACCGGGCCAAGUUCCAGGCAAAUAUUGUUGCUUUCCUCAAGCAACAUAAUUUAGAUGGUGUAGAUAUCGACUGGGAGUACCCUGGCGCUCCGGACAUUCCCGACAUUCCUGCUGGUGACCCCGACGCUGGUGAGGACCUCCAUCAGACCUUGGUUGGCCUUAAGACCACUUUAGGCACUAGCAAGUCUGUCUCAGUCGCAGCUCCAGCAUCGUAUUGGUACCUCAAGGCUUUCCCUAUCAAAGAGAUAGGGGCCAAGAUUGACUACAUUGUUUACUUGACAUACGAUCUCCAUGGUCAAUGGGAUUACGGCAACAAAUGGACCUCCCCUGGCUGUCCCACCGGAAACUGUCUUCGCUCACACGUAAAUAUCACCGAAACUAAGGACGCAUUGUCGUUAAUUACGAAAGCAGGUGUGCCUUCGAACAAAAUCGUCGUGGGCAUUUCUAGUUACGGAAGAUCGUUCAAGAUGUCCCAGGCUGGAUGCACUGGUCCCUCAUGCAAGUUUACUGGUUCUCCGAGGGUAUCUAACGCAGCCAAAGGUCGCUGCACUGGCACCAGUGGCUACCUCUCCAACGCAGAGAUCGAAGAAAUCAUUGAGCAUGGCAGGGUGAACAAACAAUGGGUCUCCUCCGACUCUAAUAUUCUAGUGUACAACGACACUGAGUGGGUUGCAUACAUGAACGAUUCAAUCAAGUCGUCGAGGGCAAGCCUUUACGCCUCAUAUAACUUUGCUGGAACAAGUGACUGGGCUGUCGAUCUGAACCAGUUUGUGGACGGCACUGGCGAAGGUGACAACGAUCCUAAUUAUGUUGCUAAAAUCGACGAUGGAUACUUCCUGGAAUGCGACGCUAGAUUCACUAGCCUAGCCGAACUUAUGCGCCGGAAAAGCACUGUCCCGUCAUACUGCGUUGACAAGUACCUUGUUGACAUAGAGAUAAAUAUUAUGAAAGGCGCAUUGCAGAAGUAUGAUGCCCUCAUCGACGGCGGCUAUGAUAAGAAAUUCAACAUUUAUAAGGACUACACAGUUGAGCAGGUCCCUGUCCAGAUCAAUGCCUUUAUGGGAAACGGCCAUGCUGGCGAUUACUUUCAGUGUCAGGAGACCGGCUACCGCACUUGCUGCUCGAGCUGCCAAUUCGCCGGCUGUUUAGAUGGCUGCGACAAGUCGACUGAUUGCAAGGCCGGUCGCAGUACCCAUGAUGUGACGUGUCCCACCGUCUUCAAGGAUGGGUCGCAAGGUAUCGACUAUUUUAACACAAAGGUGCCCAACGUGACAUAUACCCUGAAAGACUCACAGGGGUUCUAUUCAGCCAUCACCAAAGACUACGGUGUCGAGAAGAACUGGAUCAAAUUCGGCGAUGUCGACGUGAAGUUUUCCAAUGGAUGCCAAUACGCAGGCACAAAGGUUAAGGAGUGCAUGAAGAUGAUGGACGACUGGUUCUGGAACUACCCCGUACCUGCCGACAAGAUCGAAGUCUUCAAUCCCAAGGACGUAGUCAGCAAAUCGUACGAUAACUUUCAGGACCUUCUCUUCCGCCUGCAACUCCUCAGCGAAAUCGGCGACCUAGACGUUCUGCUCAGCACGCAAGAUGUUGCCGACGCUUCCUCCUUGCCGGCCUUGACCAUCGCCUCGGCCGUAGACAGCAUGGACAAGGUGGUCGAGCAAGCCAAAGAGAUCGAGAAGAUCGAGCGAGAGCAGUUCAUCGCCAACUUCCUCGGUGGCAUCCUCUUCUUCAUCCCUUUUGUCGGGGAGGCCUUGGGGCCUACGCUGGCCCCCGUGCGCGUGGCUUUGUCUAUCGCCGAGAUUGCUGGCGAGGCUGCACUACUGACGUAUAGUGUUGUCUCGGAUCCCGACAAUGCUUUCGCUGCUGUGUUCAGCACGCUUGCGGGUGCGGCGUUAAGCCGUGGGUCGUGGGGCAAGGCCGCGAGCGAGCGGAGGGGUUUGAGUGAUGCGGAUUCGAAAAAGCUUGGCUCGAUUCAUGAUGAUCUGAUGAAGAUCAAUGGCAUUCGGAGUGGGCUGUGUACAAUAUAACAAAGCGUAAAUAUUAUCCCACCUCUAACUUCCCGCUGACAUACAUCACCUAGCUGAGCAUGGCGCGAAUUGGUAUCUAGACUCCCAGGGCGAGACCGUCGGUACUUUAGAUAGCUUGAUGCAGUAGACCUUUGGCUGAAGAUUCAGUGUCCUAGCGAUUGUCAGCUAGGUCGGAGCGUUAAACCGACCGAAGCAUAUAACGUUAUCGCAAAUGAGACAACAAAUAUUUUCACAGCGGAA